CUGUUUCCGGUAGUGUUGCCAAAGACAACAAUAAUGGCGUCGUCGGAGGUGGCUGUUCCGACUGUUAGUCUUCAUGAGUACAAUUUAGCUGAACAAGAACUCCAAGAUCGUAUUUUUCAGAUAUAUGGCACUCGGCAGAAUGAAAUCGAUUUGUUCAGACCAUCACUUGCCGACCAACAGAAGAUUGGUUUCUUUAGUUUGGAUCGUGGAUCACAAACUGAUGUUACCGAGGUUCUUGACUUGAAGGAAAUGACAGAGGUCAUUCAAAUCUUGCUUCAGGAUGUAGAGACAUUAAGAAAAGAUAUAAAUGUUACAAAACAUGUGAUGCAGGCAGAUUAUGAAUCAAAACUACAAGAAAAAUCUCUUGAUCUGUAUUGUAGAAUUAAUGAAAAAGUUGCUGGUUUGGAAAAAAUGCACGAUGAGAGAAUUCAGAUGAUUCGUAAAGCCUAUAGGCAGCAGUUGUCAGACGCAAUAGCUAGAGUGGCAGUUUUAUAUAACAAAAAUUUAGAGAGAAAAAUAUCUAAAGAGAAGAAGAAGCAGGAUAGAGAGAGUGGUAAAAUAGAUGAAAAAUACCGGGAUCUUCAGAAUCAGAUACAGAAAAAUGAAGCAGUUAUUCACAUGUUGCAGCUUCAGUUACAACAGUAUCAACAGAAUGCUUCUCUAUCUGAUGAUAAAAUGAGUCAAGGCAGAAAUUCCUCAUCUGUUGUAAUGGUGUUAGAAGAGUCACUGGGUUCUCUUUCACCUGAAAUAAAUCAUGAAGCUGAAGAAUUACGAGAACAAUUAGAAAAUACGGAGAAGAAAUUAAAACGAUCCGAAGAUCAGGUCAACAAAAGAAGUGAAGAAGUUUUCAAACAAGCUAAAGAGAUAGCUGCUAUGAAAGAACAACUACAGAGAGAGAAGAAUCUGGUCAUGCAGUUACAAAAUGACAAGUUAGAAAUGAAGCAAUCUAUGGAGAAUGAUAAAGCAUCAACUAAAAGAACAGCUGAUAGACAGAAAAAGGAAAUGGAGAAAUUAUUGGAAGAAAAAUUAAGAAUAGCCAAAGAAGAGAUUAAUUCCGCAGCCGCAAAGGAGGCUAAAGAUGCUGAAGCCAUGAAAAGUCAAAGAAUCACAGAGUUAAUGGAGCAAAAUAAAUUAUUAGAGGAACAGUUAAUGAAGGAAAAAUUGAAAAUACCUGCUAAAACAAAACCGGAGGUAGAAAAAGUUGUUAAUCCCACCAAUGAAUCUGCUCUUAAAGAGGAAAUAUCAAGAUUAAAGAAAGAAAUAGAAAGAAUACAUAGAACAUGGGAGAAGAAAUUUACCAUUUUACAACAAAGUUUACAUGCUUUAAAAGAUGAAAGUUAUUUACGUCAAACAUUACAAAGACAAGCAGCUAAUUUACAUCAUGCAGCUGUUAGUUAUGCUGUUGAUAGUCCAGUUGGUAUAGUUCCUGCUAGAAUACCAUCAAGUAAUAGUAGAAAACCACUGCCGGAUAUUCCUAAACAGAUUAAAAGCGGUCGUAGUAAUGGUAACCAGGGAGAUAAGAAUGCCGGAGGAGAUAAAGAUAAUAUAUCCUAUACUGUAUCAGCUCCUAGUGGUAGAGGAACAACUAUACUCUCUAUUGAAGAAAAUCAAAUCAUGUCUGAUGAAGAUGGUCAAGAUAUUCCUGUUGAUGUCAAACCUUUACCUGCUCCUCCUCAACCUGCUCUUAGGACUGCAGCAGAAAGUGAGGAUGUAGAUGGCCGCCCAUCAACUGUAUCACAUGUUGUUAUUCUGCCAUCUGCUUAAGUUUAAUAUUUUGUCUCUAGAUAUCAAUAUACAGCAUUUAAUUGUACAAUUUAUGUGAAUAAUCAUUUGUAAAUUACCAUUAACUUGGCUAUAUAGCCUUUGUGUGACCAAUGCUGCUGACAGCUUUAUAUUGAAGUCCUGGUAUCACAUUUGAAUGGUCAUUGGAACUCAAUACUUUCUGUCUUAUAAUCUCAAGUUUAUCUGUUGAUAUUCUAAAUGUUGGAGUAAUCUAAUAUUCCAGCUCUAUGAAUUCGUUAUCAAACUUACAGUAUAUAUUUUAAUUGACAUUUGAUAUAUAUUUAAAGACUAUUGUUGCCAAAACUGUGCUCAAGACAAAACAGUAACUCUAUUAAUUUAGGGGUUGAGGGUAUUGAGCCAUGACACACCCAAUAUCUAAUUUAAUUAAACAAAAUGGUAUUUGGGGGGAAUUUAAUCCCCAAGAAAUCUUUAAUAUUGUUCCACUUCCAAACUUUUUUUUUAUCAUAUUUAUUUGAACAGCCAAAAAUAUGUGAAUGCUUUAAAUAUUCAAUAAACCUAAACAGCAUUAUAUUUUAAUAUGUUAUAAAAGAUUUACUCUGUGAUAUGUAAAUAAAAUGAUUUAUUGAUUA